ACUUCCCAAACUAACCCCCUCUCUGCAUUUUCCCCAAACCCUUCCACCGUUCAGCAAAAAUUCCCAAACCACCCCUCUACCAUUCUCCUUCCCAACUCAAAAUUCCCCAAAGUAACCCUCCACCGACCACCACUCUAUCCCAUCCCACACCCUCCACCUUCCCAAACGAAAUUCCCCAAACUACCCUCUCCCACCACAAGCAAAAUCCCCAAAAUACACCUCCAUGGAACCCAGCAUCCUCUCCUCCGUCGGCGCUGAGCUCCUCCCGAUCAUCUCCCCCGUCUCCCUCUGCAUGCUCCUCGUCGUCGCCCUAAUCUCAGCCGUCCAUCCCCCCUCAGCUGGCCCCACCUCGGCCCCCAUCCGCACCGCUGCCACUCUCAUCUACCUCGAAUCACCGUCCGAUUCCCUGUCCCAGAAGCUCCAGGGCGCGCUCCUCAAUGCCGCUGCAUUCAUCGCCCUCAUCUCUCUCGUCACCUUCCUGCUAGUUCUCCUCUACUACUACAAUUUCACCUCUUUCCUCAAACACUACAUGCGCUUCUCUGCCUUCUUCGUCUUUGCUUCCAUGGGUGGGGCCAUCUUCCUCUCCGUCAUCCGACGGUUCUCGUUCCCCAUCGAUGCGAUUACGUGUUUUCUUCUCCUCUUCAACUUCACCGCUGUUGGGGUUCUGUCGGUUUUCUCAACCGGGUUCCCGAUCAUUGUUAGGCAGGGAUACAUGGUUUCGUUGGGAAUUAUCGUCGCAGCAUGGUUUACGAAGCUGCCCGAAUGGACGACGUGGGUGCUUCUGGUGGCACUGGCGGUUUAUGAUCUGGUGGCUGUCCUAGCGCCAGGCGGGCCGUUGAAGAUCCUUGUUGAGUUGGCGUCGAGUAGGGAGGAAGAACUCCCGGCUCUCAUUUAUGAGGCCCGGCCCACCGUUUCUCGGAGUGUGGGGCGCAGCAGGGGGUCGUCAUCAGGGGUGGGGGCAGAAUUGUUUCCGCUUUCAGGUAUUGUGGUCGGUGGGUCCCCCGGGCCUUCUCAUACUGUUGGAGGAGGUGAGCCGUCAUCAGGUUGGCAACCAGGUCUUUUGAUUCGUGGGGCUUCAGAGAUAGUGUCUGUUGAGCUUCAGCCCAUGCCACGGACGAAUGUUGGUGAUAGGAAUCAUUCUGAUUAUUCGGCGGUAAAAAUAGAAGACGAUGAGACAUGGCCUUUGGUCCCUAGCUCCAGUAACGUGGACAAUGCUGACGGUCGACGGUUGGCAAGGGCUGAAGAUUCCGAUCAUUCGAUCAAUGAGGAAUCCAUGACCGGGACCAUUGAGGACGAAGUGGCACCACUCAUUGCUACUGCAGAUGAUGGCGGGGUGGAGAUGACUCGUGGCAUUAAACUCGGUCUCGGGGACUUUGUUUUCUACAGCGUGCUUGUGGGUAGGGCGGCAAUGUAUGAUCUGAUGACUGUGUACGCUUGUUACCUGGCAAUCAUAUCAGGGCUUGGGUGCACCUUGAUUCUGCUGUCAGUAUGCCGCCGUGCAUUGCCAGCGCUCCCCAUCUCGAUUGCAUUGGGUGUGCUGUUCUAUUUCUUGACACGACUGAUGAUGGAACCAUUUGUUGUCGGGGCAUCAACGAACUUGGGUUAUUGGAGACCUGAGUGGGACUGGUGUCGAUGCCUGUCAAGAGAAAAUUGCGUUAAAACUCACUCCCAGUGGGCACCCAAACACCCCCAAACUGUUUUUACUGAAAUUUUAUACAAUGCCUACAUGUUUAUAUAUGUGCACACAUUGUUUUUUCACUUGUUUUUUUCCUAGUCCAAUCCAUAUAAACCCGACCUUUCUUUCCUCAAUUCUUUUUGUGUU